GAGGAAGAAAAAUGAAUUAAGCACCCUUUUAUAGAAAAGAUUCAUUCUGCAAAGGGAAAUUCAAAAGCAACGAGGUUAAGAUUAUAUUUCCCAAAAAAGAAGGAACUCCGUUUAAGAAAAAGCAAAGCGUAGGAGGAAAAGAGGAAGAGGAAGCGAUAAAGAACGGCAUGCGGUGGUGGGUGUUAUGGCGGAGGUGUUAUAUUGGAUCUUAACGUUUGUUCUCAUUUUGACCAUUCUUUGCAUCCUCGGUUACCAGCUUAUAUUGUUGGUGGACCUGGAGUUUGAUUAUAUCAACCCAUAUGAUUCAACCUCUCGGAUUAACCAGGUUGUUUUACCAGAGUUUAUCAUCCAUGGAAUCUUCUGCUUCAUCAAUCUUACGGGUGGACAUUGGUUUAUAUUCUUGAUAUCUCUCCCUUGCCUGUAUUACAAUGUGAGAUUGUACAUUAAAAGAGAGCACUUAGCAGAUGUCACUGAAAUCUACAAUAAGCUGAAUUGGGAGAAAAAAAGGCGUCUAUUCAAAGUUGCAUAUCUUGUUGUGGUUUUUGUCAUUUCUAUAGUAAGCUUGGUAUGGACCCUUACCGAGGAAGUGCAUUAAGUGGUGGAUUGCUUUCCAUGCCUGCUAAGUUGCAGGCUGAUACAUUCAACACGUUGUGGUCAAAUCCAUCUUAUGAGCUAAAUUCCAUGUGCAAGAGCCAUGGUGAGAGCCAUCCAUUGAUGACCUGAGCUCCUUGGAGAGGAACAUGUGACAAUCCAUGUUGGUGCUUAUGCAAGAAAGAGAGAAGCUUGAGAAGGUCUGAUUCUCUAAGUGAAGUUCUUUUAGAUUCUUUCUUGAGAGUUAUAGUGCUUUAGGCAUAAAAAAAGUUAUUUGAGCUCAUAGUGGUUUAGCUACAAACAUAAAUGGCUUUUGCCUAAUAUGCAUAUUUUUACUGUCAUAUUUGCUUCCUCUACAUGUAAUCCUAGGAGUAGCAGCAGCAACACCACCGUUACUAACAUUUUCUUUUAAACACUUUUUAUAAGAGUUGCAAAUUCUAUCCAAGGCAUUUGUAUU